AUGGAUACCACCACAUCCAUCAAGAUGACCACUUUGGCCAUCCAGAAGCUCUUUGGCCACGUGGAGGACGAGAACCUGACCGCGCUCAGAGACCACCUGGACCGCUUCAAGGAAGUGGACGGACGCAGCGACAACGGGCAGACGCCUCUGAUGCUGGCGGCCGAGCAGGGCAGCUUGGACAUCGUACAGGAGCUCAUCCGGCGCGGCGCUAAUGUCAACCUCGAUGACGUGGACUGCUGGUCGGCGCUGAUCUCGGCCGCUAAAGAAGGUCACGUGGAGGUGGUGAAGGAGCUUCUGGAGAACAGCGCCUACAUCGAGCACCGCGACGUGGGAGGCUGGACGGCGCUCAUGUGGGCUUCGUACAAGGGUCGCGUGGAAGUGGCCAGGGUUUUGCUGGAGCACGGCGCCAACCCCAACACCACCGGUCAGCAGUACAGCGUGUACCCCAUUAUCUGGGCGUCUGGACGAGGACACGCCGAGGUGGUGAAGCUCUUGUUGGACGGCGGCGCCAAAGUCAACUGUUCUGAUAAGUACGGGACGACGUCUCUGAUCUGGGCGGCGAGAAAAGGCCACUUGGAUUGCGUUAUGCACCUUCUGGAGAACGGCGCCGACGUGGACCAGGAUGGAGCGAACUCCAUGACGGCGCUGAUCGUGGCGGUGAAGGGCGGCUUCACCGAGGUGGUGAAGGAACUCCUCAAGAGGAACCCCAACGUCAACAUGACAGACAAAGACGGCAACACGGCGCUGAUGAUCGCCGCCAAGGAAGGCUACACUGAAAUCGUGCAGGACCUCCUGGACGCCGGGACCUACGUCAACAUUCCCGACAGGAGCGGCGACACGGUCUUGAUCGGGGCGGUGAGGGGCGGUCACGUGGAGAUCGUCAGAGCGCUGCUGCACAAGUACGCCGACAUCGACAUUAGAGGACAGGAGAGCAAGACGGCGCUGUACUGGGCGGUGGAGAAAGGCAACGCCUCCACGGUGCGCGACAUCCUGCAGUGUAACCCCGACACAGAGACGUGCACCAAGGACGGCGAGACGCCUCUGAUCAAAGCCACCAAGAUGAGGAGCAUCGAAAUCGUGGAGAUGCUGCUGGACAAGGGCGCCAAAGUGUCGGCCGUCGACAAGAGAGGAGACACGCCACUGCACAUCGCCAUCCGGGGGCGGAGCCGGCGAUUGGCCGAGCUGCUCCUGAGGAACCCCAAAGACGGCCGCCUGCUUUAUCGGCCCAACAAGGCGGGCGAGACGCCCUACAACAUCGACUGCAGCCACCAGAAGAGCAUCCUCACGCAGAUCUUUGGCGCGCGUCACCUGUCACCCACAGAGUCAGACGGCGACAUGCUGGGCUACGACCUGUAUAGCUCGGCCUUGGCCGACAUCCUCAGCGAGCCCACCAUGCGGCCCCCCAUCUGCGUGGGUCUCUACGCGCAGUGGGGCAGCGGAAAGUCCUUCCUGCUCAAGAAGCUUGAGGACGAGAUGAAGACAUUCGCGGGGCAACAGAUGGAGCCGCUCCUGGGUUUGUCGUGGCUGGCAGCCAUCUUGUCGUUGCUGGCAUGCGGCACGGUGGCGCUGGCGCUGGGUGCGGCGUUGGACCCCAAGCUGGCCGCCGCCGUCUCGCUCAGCCUGCUGGCGCUGCUCUACGUCUUCUUCGUGGUGGUGUACUUCGGGGGCCGGCGGGAGGGGGACAACUGGAACUGGGCCUGGAUCCUCAGCAACCGGCUGGCUCGUCACCUGGGCUACCUGGAGCUCCUCCUUAAGCUCGUCUUCGUCAACCCGCCGGAGCUUCCGGAGCAGAGCGCGCGGGCGCUGCCCGUCAGGUUUCUGUUCACAGAUUACAACCGACUGUCGAGCGUGGGCGGCGAGACAUCCAUGGCGGAAAUGAUCGCCACGCUGUCUGACGCCUGCGAGAGGGAGUUCGGCUUCCUCGCCACUCGGCUCUUCAGGGUCUUCAAAACGGACGAGACGCAAGGAAAGAGCAAGUGGAAGAAGACGUGCUGCGUCCCGUCCUUCGCGCUCUUCGCGCUGGUGUCGGCCUGCCUGGCGAGCGGCCUGGCGCUGAUGGCCGUCUUCGGGCCGGGCGGCGACAACCCCACGGUGGACGGCGUCCUGAUGGCGCUGGGCGGCGUGGUGGGCGCAGCCCUCCUGCUCAACUGCCGCACCUGGUGGCGGGUGUCCGACUCGGUGCUCAACUCGCAGAGGAAGCGGCUGCACGGCGCCGCCAACAAGAUGCACAAGCUCAAGAGCGAAGGCUUCAUGAAGGUUCUGAAGAGCGAAGUGGAGCUAAUGGCCAAGAUGGCCAAGACCAUUGACGGCUUCACUCAACAGCAGACCCGCUUGGCUGUGGUCAUCGACAGCUUGGACUCGUGUGAGCAAGAUAAAGUACUGCAGAUGCUGGAUACGGUGCGCGUCCUGUUCUCCAAAGGUCCCUUCAUCGCCAUCUUCGCCAGCGACCCACACAUUAUCAUCAAGGCCAUCAACCAGAACCUCAACAGCGUCCUGCGCGACUUUGUCAACGGCCACGACUACAUGAGGAACAUCGUCCACUUGCCCGUCUUCCUCAACAGCAGAGGUCUGUCCUGCGCCAGGAAAAUGGGCGCUUCCGCCGGCGCGCCCGCCAACGGUGACGCCGAGGGGUGGCACGAGGAACUGGACAGGAAGUUGUCGCAGCACAGCUUGGGAGAACUCACCAAAUUGGGCAGCAAGAGCACGCUCAACCGCCGAGACACGUACCGGCGACGCCAAGUCCAGCGCUCAGCGACCCGUCAGAUGUCGUUCGAUUUGACCAAGCUGAUGGUGGCCGAAGACUGGUUCGCCGACAUCAGCCCGCAGAGCAUGAGGAGACUCCUCAACAUCGUCUCGGUCACGGGUCGUCUGCUGCGAGCCAAUCAGAUCUCAUUCAAUUGGGACCGCCUGGCGUCGUGGAUCAACCUGACGGAACAGUGGCCGUACCGCACGUCCUGGCUGAUCCUCUACCUGGAGGAAAGCGAAGGUGUUCCUGACCAGGCCACGCUCAAACACGUAUACGAAAGGGUGCUGGCGAGCAUCCCGAGCACCAAAGACGUGGAACCUCUGCUGGAGAUCGACGGCGACGUGCGCGCCUUCGAAGUCUUCCUGUCGUCGCGCGCGCCCGUCUUGACCGCCAGGGACAUUCGCACUUUCCUGCCUUGCACCGUCAACCUGGACCCCAAACUGCGGGAAAUCAUAGCUGACGUCCGCGCGGCCCGCGAGCAAGUGGGACUGGGCGAGGCGGUCUACCCGAUCACGCGGGAGGGCCGGCCCCGCCCCGUGUCCGCGUACAGUCAGGUGUCGUCGGCGUGCUCGCCGUCGACCUCCUUCGGCGGACCCUUCGACCCCCCGCCGGGGGGUGUGGUCUCGCCGCCUCACAGCGGGUACUACAGCGGCAUGUCCGGACCUCGACACCCCUUCUACAACAGGGGCUCCGCCUCCGUGGUUUCGGGGACCCCGCCCACCGUACUGAGCGCCAUGACAACGGACGGCGUGUGCGAGCGCGUGGGUCAAAUCCAGGGCAUUGACCGCACCAUGUUGGCUGCGUACACGGCGACCAUUAGGAAGGCCAACGUGAACGGCCGAGUCCUAUCGCAGUGCAACCUGGACGAGCUGAAGAAGGAGAUGAACAUGAACUUUGGAGACUGGCAGCUCUUCCGAGCUAGCGUGAUGGAAAUGCGGCAGACGGAGAGCCAGACGCUGUACGAGGAGACCGCCGACGAAGGAGGCGAGUCCGGCCGACGGGCUUCGGGGCCGCCGCGGGCCGACGACACGUCCCCGAUGUACAGCUUCACUCUGAGCUUCGAUGACCUCAGCGGCACGGGCCUGGAUGAGACGGUGCCGCCGCUUAAGCGCACCGCCGCCCCCUGGACGGGCGGCCCCCGGCGCGCCGGCAGCGUCAGCAGCCUCAACUCGCAGGAGUCCAGCAAUGACAUCGCCAAACUGACGGACAAACAGCAGGCCGAGUACCGCUGCGCCUACCAGGAGUACAUAUCGCAGAUGGCCCAACUGGAGGGCGGCGAUAAAGCGCUCCGGCCGCAGCACGGACACUCGGACGGCGCCGAGCAAGACGGGCGCAAGCGGGGCGGCAAGGCGACGGACGACGAAGCGCUGGGCCCCAUCCGGGAAGAAGACGAGAAGGCGUCUCGGUCCCCGCCGGCCCGAAAGACGUCGGCCGAACGAGGCGGCCUCUUCCCGGGCGGCCCUCGCUACCAGAAGCUGACCGACGACGACGAAGACUCCGAGGAGGCCAAAUCGGGCGUGCGCUCGCUGCCGCUGAAGGGCAAGGACUACCUGUCGGACGCCACGCUGGACAAGAAGGACUCGUCCGACUCGGGCGUGCGCUCCAACGAGAGCUCGCCCAACCACUCGCUGCAGGACGAGGAGGCCGAGCCGUCGCGGUCCGACUCCCUCCGGCGGGGUCCUCCCGCCCCAGCCGACGAGACCCGCAUGUCCAUCUGCAGCCCCGACGAGGCCUGGAACCUCAACCGCGCGCCCGGCAUCGUCACCGCCGUCAACAACAAUGUCCGGCAGGGCGGGCGCACCUCCGACGACGUCCCGCCCGCAACCCGUCCGGGCCCCGACAACGAGAACGUGCGCGUGGUCCACUUGAAGAGGGGCCUGAAACCGGGAGACCCCCCAGAGGUCUGCUCCCUGACGGCCGACGCCGUCGCCUUCGGAGACGAGCGCGAGAGCAUCCUGUGA